CGCUUCGAACCAUCUCAGCAAAAAUGAUCAGAGCCUUGACUUUGCUGGCUGUAGUGGCCACGGCUUCUGCCCUUCCUUCUUACUAUUUAAGAGCCUCCUCAUGUCAGGAAGCCGAGAAUGUGACCAUCUGUGAGGCUGAUCUCAAGGUAUGCGAGGACCUCUUCACGGGCGACAAGGACGAACAGGCUAGGAGAGACAUCUACAAGAAAUGCCUCGACGAAAACGGCUUCAGCCAACUCCAUGACGUGGACCCCGAGAUCCUCUUCAGCCCCACAGGACUGGAGGCUCUUUCGCUGUUCGGUUCCGAGGAGAAGCACGAGGCUCUGAAGCAGUGCGUCCUUCGUGAGCGGGGAGAGGUGCAGCCCGACGGAACAGUCGACCCGCCAUCCUUCUCUUGGACCGGCUGA